AUGUCUUUGGAGAUUUCUAUAAAACAGAUAUGCGAGACUCUGAAGUCAAAUAAAGUUUCUGAAAGAAAGAAAAGUGCCGAAAAGUUAAAAGAUUUUCUUACACGAAAUGCUGUUCCUGAUAUGCUUUCUGAUAAUUCUCGAAAGAAGGUUGGCUUCACAUGGAAUGAUUUAUUCGACGAUGUUAAUGAGUAUAUAUUAAAGGAAACAGAAAAAUUUGAAUCUUCCAAAAACUUUAGUACUACUACAUAUCCAUUAUGUACAAGCAUCCUACAUUUGUGUGUAGCUGGUUCAAACAAGGGUAAGACAUACAUAAAAUGUGAGAAGAUUAUGGAAGCAUGUCUUAUAGUACUAAGAGACAAGCGAUUAACAAAUGCAGUUGGAGAUGCAUAUCUAAGUCUGUUGUACAAAUAUGUAUUAUGUAGUGAGAAUUAUUCUAAUUAUAUAACACCUAGCACAUGGGAUGAUUUACUUGAUGUUUGCAUUACAUCAAGCUUUUCAAAUGUUUCCAAAUUGGAUGAUUACAUGAAAUUAAAACUUCUCUGGCUUGUUAUAAAAAAUGCUGGGGAAUGUUGCCAGUUCGCAUUUUCAAUGCGAAAUCAUUUGUCCAAAAUAUCCAAAUAUUUUCAAAAAGUUAGCAAUAACAAGAAAGUGCUAGAUAUUAUUAUAGAUUUAAUGAUUACGAUAUUAGAAAUGCUUUAUUUUGAGAGCCGAUUAAGUAUGUGCAAUUUCGCAGAAAAUAAUUUACCACUCAUAUUUCAGUUUUAUGAGCAAACUUUGGAUGUAAAAAAGAAGUCGCAGCUGUUUAAAUUAUUUUAUAUAUCAAUAACGAUUCAUCAUACACAAGGACAAAUACAAAAUGAAGAAUCUGCUUUAGCCAGUAACUGGGAUGCUUGGAACAAAUGCCUACAAAAUAUUAUGGAUAUAAUUUGCCUUGAAACAACUUACAUACAAAAAAGUCAGAAACAAAACCAACAUACUGUACAAGGCUGUCCAUUUUUCUAUCAAGUUGCUGCAUGUUCAUAUUUUCUGAUGUUUAAAAUGUCAAAACAAGAAACUGAAACGGAUGCUAUAGAAAAAUUCGCAAAAAAACCUAGAAUCACAAUAAACAAGAGCAAAAACUUCAAUGAUCUUCUACAAGAGUUCCAAAAGAAUCAUAUUGCAUGGGUAGGCAUUUUACAGAUAUAUGUAAAACUAUUUGGCUCUUCCAUAUCAACAGACGAUUACCAAAUUUUGAUGCAAAUUUUGGAAGAACUGGUAAAUAACAUCAAUCUUAUCCAAAACUGGGACGUUUUUGAAAGUCUUGUUUGUCUAGUUUUAAACAAAAUAACAUCGCAUGAUGGUGGUAAUUCACAUAAACAUAAUGAACUUAUAACAUCUUUUUGGAAUUCAUGUGUGAGAAAUUCUACGAGUGUGACGGCUGCUCAAAAAUCAAUACAUGGUGUGAUGCAGACGAUAUUAUCUCUAAAUAUUUUACUUUAUAAGAACGUUAAGCCGUUACUAAUCCUCUAUUUUGAAAAGGGAAUGCCAGUCUUUGACAGUAGUGUGCAAACUUUGAACAUGGUAUUUCAGAAAUUCUUUACCAAGUGUUGCCAUAACAUAGAAAGAAUCAAAUGUUUUACAUGGCUUGUAAAUGGUCGAAUAACAAAUAUCGACGUAUUUAGGGUUAAGGAUCUAUUUUUAACGUUAUUGUCAAAUGAAAAUGUUGGUCAUUACCAUCAAUCCGAAAAUUCAGAACAUAAUGACUUUUAUAAUAUUUUAUAUAAAUCCAUUGACAAAAGCAUUUUAUACAGUGACUUUGCACUUGAUGUUGCGAAAGUUAAACCUAAGGACAAAAGUAUUUUAGAAACGUUUGAAAUCAAUGAUGAGGUAAAUGAAAACCUUAGUAAGUAUUUGCAAGGAAAACUGUCUGAGUACAGCUUGGGAUUGCAAAAAAAGGAUGCCGAGAUCCUAGAAUGCGUUCGAAUAUUAAACGUAUGUAUAGUUUACUUUGAUAUUUUAUUGAAAUACAGGAUUGUUAAUCAAGAGGAAAUCAAAUCCACAAAAUUAUUUAGCACGUUUGAAUUUGUUUUAAAAACAGUGUACACAAUGUCGGUAAAAACAUUAAAAAAUAAUAUUCUUAUUCGAGACAAGAACAUAUUGCUCCAAAAUCUACAGUCUAUGUUUGCGGGUGAAUACGAUUCGUUGCUAAACACUGAACUAAGACUGAAUGUCAAUGAAGAUUUUUUUCACUGCCUGAAUGGAAUUAUUAAUAGCGAUAUUCCCACUGAUGAUGAUGAUGACAGCGAUAUGGAUAUGAGUUUCAACGCAUUGAAACAUAACUGCGUUUAUUUCUUAGCUGUAUAUUCUAAAAAGCAAAGUAAUUUUAGAGAUGAACUUCUUGAACUGAUUCUAAAUCCAAAAUUAUAUAAUUUCUGCUGCCAGUGGGACAUAGAAUCUGCGUUUAAAUGCAUUAAAUUAUUAAUUCAAUCUGAUGUUGAAGAUCCUCCCAUAGAAUUAAUUUUCGGUAUUAUGCAGUCAAUGUGCAAGGAUUUAUUUAGAAAUUCCAAAGCAACUUUAGGCAUUAUACAAAUUCUAUUACAGAUAAUUGAUAAAGUUUGGUUGCAUAACGAUAAUAUGCGCCAUAAUUGUUUGAUUAUGGUCAAAAGUUACCUGCAUAGGUGCGAAAACUUGUUCUACCCUCCUGAAGUUGCUGCGCUUAUAUAUGAAUGUGCAGCGAAAAUAAUAUUAUUAAAUAAUAAAGAAAAAUUAAUAGAUAUCAAAUUCAAAGAUAUUUUGAUAGAAAAGAUAAAGGGAAACAUCUACAGUAUACGACUUUAUUGCAGCUAUUUAAUAACAGAAAUAUCGGAAGCGUUUUCUGAUGAAGAAAUUGAAUCUUAUUUAACAAAUUUGAAAGAUAUUUUUACUGUAGUUGUGCCUGAUGAUAAGGAAAUAAUAUUGAAGGAUGAAUUAAAAAAUCGAACGGCGACAUUGCUUCAUAGUUAUUCUGGUUUAGCUCUCUAUAAACAUUCUUGGGCAUGUCAUGUAGUCAAAGAAAUUGUAUGUCUUCUACAACUAAAAACAUUAGAUAAACAUUUAGUAAAUAAAGUGUUAAAUAUUAUCACAACAAAAAUUACCCAAAAGGGGAUUGAUGUGUAUCUCGAUCAACACAUCCUGCUUAUAUUACAAUGUUGGCUGGAGAAGAAGUAUUUAUUGGAAGAUUUGCCCACAUAUUUAUUUGGAUGUGAGAAUUUUAAUUUGUUCUUAACAAAGUACAUGAAGUGGUUAGUUUCAGUCGAUAUAUUAUGGCGUCAUCUUGGUAACGUACAGAAUAGUACUAUGCUAACGAAGCUCAGAGAAAACCAUACAGAGGAAUUCAUUUUAGAGAAAAGCUUUUGCAAUAUAAUAAUACUUAGUUUGCCAUACAUUGUCAAUGAAAAGUAUAAUUUAAAUAGCAAUAGAGAACUCAACUGCAAAGCAUCGUUAGACGCGGCGUAUAGAAUGUUUCAACAGACGCGACAAAUACUUAAAAAUGAAAAGUGGAGCAACUUGUUUGUGGAAAAUAUGGGCCAGCUUGUGUUACUGACUGCACUUCACCUAAGAGACUAUAUGGACGCUCAAAACGUUUUUGCUGUAAAAGUUCCACGAAACAUUGAAGCUUACGGUUACUCAAAAGAUAUUUUUUGUGCGAUUUUGAAAUAUUUUGGGGAGCUCAUUGACGCAAAUAUCAUGGAAUAUCUGUGUGAAAAUCAACCCCUGGCUAUACUCAAGGUUCUUUUUAUGUUAUGGGACAAUGUACUUUCUGAAAAUGUUUUUGGAUUUAAAGUCAUAUCUAUGCAUACUUUUAUAACUUUCGUCGAAAAUGUUCCUUUAGAUUUUCCAUUAGACGCAAUUUUAUGUAACUUUGUAUGUUUAAGUAUUUCAAGAGUUAUAAAGAAAACGUGUAGUGAAGAAGAAUUAAGUGUAUAUUCUAAAGCCCUUUUAGUUGUUAUGAUGCGAUUUAAUACUCAUAAAGUGAAAGCUUUACACAAGACGACCUUGUCUGAAAUUAUGUCAAUAUUGUUAAUUAAAAAAGGUGAUAAUCCUGAAUGUGAGAAGGUUUUUAAAUUUAUUGUUAAAAAUUUUAAAGAUUUCGACAAGGAUAUUGAAAACUUGUAUGCUGAUAUGGUAGAAGUAGAUAUUGAAACAUGUUUCACAGAAAUUAAGUUUUUAGAAACUCUGCAAAAAUAUGAAUAUAUCUUAGCAUAUGCGAGUUUAACAACACUUUCAAAAAUAAGAAAAUUUCUUAAGGUCCAUAAGAAGUACAUAACCAACGCUUAUAAUAAAAUGACUAAAAAAGGUUUCUCUGAAGAUUGCAAAAACAGUAUUAUACAUAAGACUAUACUAGCCAUAAGCAAUAUCUUGAAGAAUUUAACUGAUGACAAGAUGAAGGUUGAGGCGAGUAAUUGUCUGGCUGAAGUUGUAACGUACGACUUAAAGACAUUGGUCACUGUGCCGCCGAAUGACACAAAAAUAAUAAUUAAUAUUAAACCUACGCAAUAUUUUGCAAUUACUGUGGUAAAAUCACUUUUUGAAAUCAUUUUUGAUGAAGACCCGACUGUAAGUGAUAAAGCCACGAAAGCUUUAUAUCUUCUGUUGAAGUUUAAGGAUGGUUCAUUAAUUGAAAUAGCAGACUCAGCAUUUGAUCAGCAAAUUAUAAAGUGCCUCACUCCACCAAUGUGUGAAUCUUUUGCCGAAUUUACGGUUUGUAAUGCAUCUAUGCAGUGGAUGCCUAUCAAUAACGAAGAUCAUUUCCAAUGGAUUAAAAGAAUUACUGCAUCUCUCGUGGAUACGCUAGCGUCACCAUCUAAUUAUCUAACAUCACUAUGCACAUUAUGUCACACAAAGCCCAGUAUAUGUGAAAGAAUUUUACCGUCGUUGGUGGGAUUGCUACUUGAGCAUUCAUCGGAAGAACAAAUUCAAAUUGUUGGCCAACAGAUAAAUCAAGUAUUCAGUUACAUUUGGGGAAGAAGUUUUAACGAUAGUGCUAUGAACAGCGAGGAUAGUACUAUUUCUAAAAUAUCCAACAUUUUGGAUCAUGAUCAUAAAAUGAUUGUGCAUUAUCUGCUGGAUAUAGUGAACACGAUAAGAUUGCAGAGAAAUCAUUUGAAAAUACGAAAGUUUCGUCAUGCAGAUGCAUUAAGAAAUAUGAGGUUGGAAUAUGAUAAAUUGGCAUGGGCAGCAACUCUCGUGGAUCAAAACAUAGCCGCUAUUUAUUAUGGUGAACUUUGGGCAGUAUCACAAAACGACGAUGUGCCUCCUUCAUCUCCUGAAGCUACCGCUCACCUGGAUGGCGGCGAAAACGUGCAAAAAAUUCUUCGAAAAUGCUUCGUAUCAAUAGGUGAAAUAGAUGCUGUAGAUGGUUGUGGCACCGCACACUUGACUAGUGAGGAAGAGAAACGUAAGCAUUUACUGCACACGGGUCAGUAUGCUGAUGCUCUCCUACUUCAUGAUAUCGCUCUCUCGUGUGGGAAUCAAGUAGACAACCGCCUCCAAUACGGUGUCGUUAUAUCCCUACAUAAGUCUGGCAUGCAUCACUUAGCCUUACAAUACAUUAAAUCAUUUCCUGAAAAUAAUGACCUUAACGAUGUGAAGUUCGACUGCUUGUCGUAUCUAGGUGAUUGGAGCGAGAUUGUCGACAUCAAGGAAUUAGAAGAAAAAACAAAGCAGCCAGAUUGGAACCCGGACACAAUUAUCAAAUCAUACCGAUAUGCUUGCUUGAAAGAAUGUCUGAACGCGCAACCCAAUAGUGAUUUCGAAGCCAGACUCGGCCAGUCGUUGAAUGGGGCUAAACUGGCUUCGUCGAAUUUAUGCCAAGUUUUAAAUAUGGAAAACUGUCAGAACGUUUACAAAGUUGUCGCCAACUUGCACCUGUUGCGUGAUAUUGAAGACUAUAGCUCCGUCAGAUGCGGGCAGUCAUCCAUACACGAACUGUUAAACGAGUGGAAAGUAGAAAAAUUGCCAUCAUUUAAAGAUUUUCGACAUCUUGAGACGUUGUUGUCGCAGCGCAGCUUAAUACUGGAAUAUGCUGCUAAGCAUUAUGAAAGUUUUUUACCGGAUAUUAUCGAUUUGAAGUUGCAGUAUGUUGAUACGGGGCUGUCUAAUCAAAGAGUACAAAUGGCCCAACGCCUAUUAGAAACCGUAAAAAAGUUGCAGACUACAGAUAAAGUAGCUUUGGUAGAAAGUCAAAUAGCAUGGGCCAAGGGACACAAAGAUAUUGCUCUUUCACUUCUGCAUGAUAUCGUGACCGAUGACUCGCUUGACGUCAAGCUUGCUGCUGUGUCCCUCAGACAAUACGGAUUGUGGAUGGCAGAAUGUAGACGUGAAAACGCGAGGGACAUAAUAAGUAAAUAUUUGGAGAAGAGUCUCGAAGUACUAAAUAAAAAAGACCACACAGACACCAGAUUUAAGGUAUACCUGGACAUUGCAAAAUUUGCUGAUGCGGAAUACAAACAGGUAGUAGCAUAUAUGAACUCUACAGUGUUCGAAAAUAAAGUCAAAUGCAUAGAGAAUAUGAAAGGAACGGCAGCUUCUCUAAAAGUAUCGCAACAAUCCUUAACAAAGGAUGAAAGGAGAGCUUUAUUGACCAAUGAUCGGUUUAGAGAAUUAGAUGAAGCUGAAGUCGUGAAUACAAGAGCUGAAAAAGAGACUUUUCUUAAUUUAGCCAUGAGAUAUUAUCUCCUUUCAUUGAAGCAUUGCGAAAAGACAAGAUUGUCGAUAUUCAGAGUAAUAUCCCUUUGGUUAGACAAUCCUUCCUUUGAAUUUGAAGAUAAAUCGGAAACUAAUUUGCAAGAUCUACUAAAUACAAUACCUUCUUGGAAAUUCAUAACAGUUCUUCCACAAUUGGCGCCACGGCUCACCACAGAUGAGACAGAUUUUGCGGAAUAUCUCAGGAAAAUUUUGGAAAGAUGUGCUGUAGAACAUCCACACCACACGUUGCCAAUUUUAUUUAAUCUAAAGAACUCUGACAAAGACAACUGUAUACUGAAUGCGAGUAAAGGCAAAGGGUCAAGUUCGGGACGUUCUUUAGUCAAGCCUGAGGCGCGCGUCGCGGCCGCAGACGCGCUCGUCCGCGAACUGGCACAGCGGGACGAUUUAAAUCGUAUUAUAUCACAAAUGGAACAGAUUUGUGACGCAAUUAUAAGUUUCGCCUAUUUCGUACCGAAGGUAAACAGUAUGAAGCCGCAGCCAAUACCUUCAGCCGAACCGAUUUCUAAGUUACGCAAUUUGGAUUCUCUACCUAUUCCUACUGUGACUGUUCCGAUCAAGAAGGACGGGGUCUAUUCAAAUUUAGCAACUUUAACAGCAUUUGAAAAUUAUUUUGAGUUAGUAGGAGGUAUCAAUUAUCCAAAAAAGGUAAUAUGCCGGAGUUCAGACGGCAAAGGCAGAAUUCUUUUGAUAAAGGGUGAAGACGAUCUAAGACAGGAUGCUGUUAUGCAGCAGGUGUUUAACAUAGUUAACACAUUGUUGGAAAAAAAUCCUAUAACUAAUAAAAACAAACUUUUAAUACGCACGUAUAAGGUAGUUCCCAUGUCUCGGCGUUCCGGUGUUUUAGAAUGGUGUGAAGGCACAAUACCCCUAGGUGCUUACUUACUCGACGCUCAUACACGAUAUCGGCCGCAAGAUAUUACGCCGGCUGCUGCUCGCACAAAACUAAAAGCGUGUCAUGAGAGUAGAAAAUUAAAUAAAGAAAAAGUGAGGGUUUUCAUGGAGAUACUUGCGAACUUCAAGCCGGUUUUCCAUAACUUCUUUACUGAGCAUUACCAUGAUCCGAUCACGUGGUACGAACGGCGAUUAGCUUAUACCAGAAGCGUUGCAACUUCCUCAAUGGUUGGUCACAUUUUGGGCUUAGGCGACAGACACGUUCAAAAUAUUUUAAUAGACAAGAAAACUGCAGAGGUUGUACACAUAGACUUUGGUAUUGCGUUUGAUCAAGGAAAAGCUUUACCAACUCCGGAAACUAUUCCGUUUCGUUUAACUCAGGAUAUUAUUGCUGGAUUCGGAUGUUGCGGUGUGGAAGGAAUAUUCAGAAGGUGCUGCGAAAAAACAAUGCAACUGUUAAGGGAUAAUCAGGAAACCUUGCUAACUAUUUUGGAGGUGUUGUUAUAUGAUCCCUUGUAUUCAUGGACAGUUAAUGGAACUCUGAGAAAAUCAAAUGUGCAUUCGGUGCGAGGCAGCGAGCUGACGGGGGCGGGGGCGGGGGCGGGGCGCGGGGUCGGGGCUGGCGGCGCGCGCGCUGCUUGCGGUGCGCAGCAAGCUGUGCGGCGCGGAGGGCGGCGCGGCGGGCGCCGUGUCGGUGGGCGGCCAGGUGGCGCGCCUGCUGCUCGCCGCCACUGA